UGUGAAUACAGGAGGAGCUCUGACAUCACUGUAGUUCAGUGAGAGACUCAGAGAAAGAGAAACUAACUUGAUCAACAGCAAUAUGAACACCUGAAACCAUUGAACUCUUUAAACAACUGAAUAUCGAGUCGUUCAGAGACCCUUGUGAACACAUCUGAUACUCACAGCAGGUCAUAGUUCAGAUUGCUCAGCUUUAAGAGGGAAAGAACAAUGGCAGAAUAUUCACUAACAGCAAGAAAAACCAGGAGACAGAGUAUUGACCAUCAUCCUCCAUUAAUGUCAUCCUCCAUGAGUUCACUGUCUGAGGAGAUUCAGUGCUCUGUAUGUCUGGAUGUGUUCACUGAUCCAGUCUCGACUCCAUGUGGACACAACUUCUGCAAGAUCUGUCUGAAUAAGUGCUGGGACAACAGCCAGACCUGCAGCUGUCCAUACUGUAAAGAAACAUUCAAGCAAAGACCUGAUCUCAAGAUUAAUACCACACUCCGAGAGCUCGUAGAUCACUAUAAGAAGAAAAGUCCUGAGAAAACAACUGAAGUUCUGUGUGACAUCUGUGAGGAAAGAAAGCUGAAAGCGCUGAAGUCGUGUCUGGUGUGUCAGAGCUCUUACUGUGAAACUCACCUGGAGCCUCAUUUGAGAGUAACACGUUUGAAGAAACACAAACUGAUGGAUCCUGUGAGUAAUCUGGAGGACUAUAUAUGUCAGAAACACGAGAGACCUCUGGAUCUGUUCUGUAGAGAUGAUCAGACAUGUGUGUGUUCAAUCUGCACCGAGACAGACCACAAGAACCACAACACUGUUCCUAUAGAAGAGGAGAGUCAAGAGAAGAAGACUGAACUGAUGAAGACACAGAAAGACGUGCAGCUGAUGAUCCAGAACAGAUUCAAGAAGAUUCAAGACAUCAAACACUCAGCAGAAGUCAGAAAAAGAAACACAGAGAAGGAGAAAGCAGUCCGUGUGGAGCUCUUCACUGAUCUCAUCCGCUCCAUUGAGAGACAUCAGACUGAACUGCUGGAGAUGAUGGAGGAGCAGCAGAAAGCAGCAGAGAAACAGGAGCAAGAGCUGAUUGAAGAGCUGGAGCAGGAGAUCACUGAGCUAAAGAUGAGAAACACUGAGCUGGAGCAGCUCUCACACACUGAAGAUCACCUCCACCUCCUACAGAUUCACUCAUCCCUGUGCAGCCCUAGAAACACCAGGAACUGGCCUGAGAUCAGUAUGAAGACUCAUGAGAGUCUGGAGACUCUGAGGAGAGCUCUGACUCAACUGAAGGACACUAUAGAUGAGAAACUCACACUAACUGUCUCUACAGAGCUGAAGUGGAUGCAGCAGUAUGCAGUGGAUGUGACUCUGGAUCCUGAUACAGCUCAUCCUAAUCUCAUUCUGUCUGAAGAUGGAAAACAAGUGAGACAUGGAGACAUUAGACAGAAACUCCCAGACAAACCAGAGAGAUUUGAUUACUGUCCCUGUGUCUUGGGAAAGGAGGGAUUCUCCUCAGGGAGAUUUUAUUUUGAGCUGCAGGUGAAGGGAAAGACUGAAUGGGGUUUAGGAGUGGCCAGAGAAUCCAUUAACAGGAAGGGAAAGAUCACAGUGAGUCCCAGAGAUGGAUACUGGACUGUGAUCCUGAGGAAUGGAGAUGAAUAUAAAGCCGGUGCUGGUCCUUCUGUCUCUCUGUCUCUGAGAGUGAAGCUGCAGCGGGUCGGUGUGUUUGUGGAUUAUGAGGAGGGUCUGGUCUCCUUUUAUGAUGUGGAGUCCAGCUCUCAUAUCUACUCUUUCACUGCUCAGUCUUUCACUGAAAAACUCUAUCCAUUAUUUAGCCCAUGGCUUAAUGAUGGAGGUAAAAACUCAAGCCCACUGAUCAUCACACCUGUCAGUUAUAAUAAAUGAAUUUAAUCAAUUAUCAAAUGCAAGAUUAAAAUAAUAAAUGUAUAAUUAAAAAUCUGGAAAAAUUA